GCCAAGGCUGAUCGCGGAACUAGUGUUGUGUUUACCGUUGAACAGCAACAGAGGUCUAAAAACAGGGACAGAAGGUGAAGAAUUUUCGCUUUCUAUCUUUGAUAUCGCUUCUGCUCAUUAGCGUGUGACGUUGUUUGUGAUCGAGAUGUUUUUAGUUCUUCUGGCGAUGUGUCUGGGCGUUGUCUUUGUCUGGAUGUUCUUUACCAUCUGCCGAAACCGUGCCACUGUGUUGAUGCUUCAAAAACGUCUUCCCAAUUUUAAAGUUAUUCCCGCGAUCCCGGUGUUUGGUUCGAUGUAUCACUUUAAAGAUCCGUCAGCUGAAGGAAUAUUUAAUACCUUCUGUGAUUUCGAUACACAGUAUGGUAAAACCCUUAUUACGCAGAGCCUGUUCAACUUUCCUUCAAUCCAUGUCUGCGAUGCGAAGGUGAUUGGGCAGAUCAUGCAAGCGCGUACGAUCGAAAAGACGAUCAUUUACGACUUCAUGACUCCCUGGCUCGGAACGGGACUGAUCGUAUCGACCGGAUCGAAGUGGACCCAGCGUAGAAAGAUCAUAACGCCAGCGUUUCAUUUCAAAAUACUGGAGGAUUUCCUUGUCAUCAUGAACCACCAGUCGGAUGUGCUGAUCGAGAAGCUGAAAACGAGUGCAAAUGGUACGGAUUGUAAUAUUUACAACCACGUGACGUACUGCGCUCUGGACAUCAUCGCCGAAUCUGCCAUGAGUGUCAAGCUCAACACGCAACAGCAUCCGAACUCAGAAUACGUCCUGGCAGUGAAAGAAAUGACUGAUAUUAUCCUGAAGCGUCUUUUCUCGCUUUUUCGCGAAUACAAAUGGGCAUUCCAGUUUACCAAAGCCUACCGUCGUCAACGAGAACUGGUGAAGGUGAUACACGAUUUUGCCCAUAAGGUGAUCAGCGAUCGUAAGAAGCAAUCCGACGCUCAAGAACAGCAGCGAGCCCAGAAACAACUUGCCGAAGAGGACGUCUAUGGGAAGCGUCGGAUGACUCUAUUGGACCUCCUACUGAACGUUACCAUGGACGGUAAACCGCUGUCCGAUUCAGAAAUUCGGGAAGAAGUAGAUACGUUCAUGUUCACGGGACAUGAUACAACCACCUCUUGUAUCAGCUUUGCCGCAUACCAUCUCUCUCGCGAUGCUUCUAUCCAACAGCGUGUGUACGACGAGAUUCUAGCCAUUGUGGGACCGGAUGCCAAAACUGUAGAGCUUACCUACGGCACACUGCAGAAGCUGAAGUAUCUUGAGAUGGUGAUCAAGGAAACACUUCGCAUCAACCCUCCUGUACCGGUUAUAGGACGUCGAUCGGCCGGUGACAUGGUGAUUGAUGGAGUGACCAUUCCGAAGGGACUCGAUUUCUUCAUAAUGAUCUACUUACUGCACCACGAUCCGGAACUGUAUCCCGAACCGACUCGUUUCGAUCCGGAACGGUUCGGCGAGGAAGCCUCGGCCAAGCGACCGCCGUUCAGCUACAUGCCGUUUAGUGCGGGCUCACGGAACUGUAUUGGACAGCGGUACGCGAUGCUUGAGGUGAAAACCGUGCUUGUGAAGCUGCUGUCCAACUAUCAGUUGUUACCGUGCGAAGCAAGCAAUCAGCUGCGUCUCAAAGCCGAUAUGACACUGAAACCGGUGAACGGUGCGUUUGUGAAGCUCGUCCCUAGAUAAAAAUGGUCCAAAUCAUUUAGCAGUAUUAAGUGUCAUCUUGCGAUUUGUUGUUUGUUUGGGACUCUUGAAGUAUGAAUUGAACUGUGUUUUUGAUCCUGGAUAAUGUAAUGAAUUAUUAGUGGGAUCGUCAUAAUUUAGAUAUUGAAAGAGAAGAGAUACCGUACGAACUGGCGUUACAAUAGAAGACGCGUAGGUUCUUGCAAGGCCCGAACGAGGUCUGAUGUAGGCCAUUCCUGGAACAAGACUGGCAGUGUUGCUUGUGUGAUUUAAGACUGGACACGCCAAUUUACAACCGUCGUUACUCUCUUACCUCAGUACAAAUUGAAGAUAUCAAAACAUUUCUUUUGUUCAUUUUGUAAACAUCUUUAGUCUGCUAAAGAAAAUACACUACGUUACAGAUUGUUACACAAUUCUUCGGCUGAAGUUGGUAUAUAUAUUGGUUAUACAAUAUAAAAAAAAGUUCGUUGUUGCUAGCAUUAUUAUGCUCUCUUUACAUUCAACCGGCUAUAAAGCAUUUUUCGGUUUGAUAAGCAAAUAAACAGUUUCAGAAAAAAUUAAUUACAGAAACAGUAGCAUCGCGAGUAUUAUUCCAGACGUCAUACUGAGCAUGAAAAGCACCAGUAGCUCACAUACUCUGUGUAUCUUAACGAUUUAUGCACUCUCUGCUAGCUGCAUGUAUAUUGAUUCACGUGAGAGCAGCUAGAAAUUCAUUGAAUGAGUUGAAUAAAUAAAUCUGAA